AAUGUAAUCCUUUUCGUGAUCCCGACCGGCUGAAAAGAUACGAUUCUGCGCACGGGACAUUAGUUUGUGAACCGCACUUUCUAUAACAUGGCGUUAUGAAAUAAUCUGGAAGAUCCAACGUCCAAAAUAUACCUAAACAAACACAAAACUCCUUUUCUUCAAAAUGGCUGUUCUUUAAUACACUCUUCCAAAACAUUUUAUUUUGCAUUUUUUUCAACACUAGAUACAAAUUAUGUUGGAACCAUAUAAUUCAGAUGACAUAUGGCUUGUUGUUUUAGGUUUUCUCAUAGCGUUUGUUUUGGCUUUCGGUAUAGGGGCAAACGACGUAGCAAAUUCGUUUGGAACGAGUGUAGGAUCGAAAGUAUUGACAAUAUUUCAAGCUUGUUGUUUGGCUACAAUUUUCGAAAUUUCGGGAGCUAUAUUAAUCGGUUAUAAAGUAUCGGAUACGAUGCGCAAAGGUAUUUUGGACGUGAAUAUGUACAAAGAUGCUGAAAAAGAACUGAUGUUGGGCUCGAUAAGCGCCCUAACUGCUAGCGCAAUCUGGUUGAUAGUCGCUACAUUUUUCAAGCUUCCCAUUUCCGGAACUCACAGUAUUGUAGGAGCUACAGUCGGCUAUAGCGUAAUUUUAAGGGGUACCCAAGGUGUUCAAUGGAAAACUUUAGGAAAAAUUGUUGGUUCUUGGUUUAUCUCUCCAGUUUUUAGCGGUAUUACGUCCUGUUGUUUGUUGUGGGUGAUAAAAAGAUUCAUAUUAUCCCGCCCGGAUCCGUUAGAAGCCGGUCUAAUGUCAUUACCUCUAUUUUACAGUUUCACGAUACUCAUAAAUCUUUUUUCCAUUAUCCAUGAUGGUCCUAAGCUACUCCAUAUGGAUAACAUCCCAUUAUGGAUGGCUACUACCAUAAGCGUCAGUAUAUCUCUUUUCUUCAUGGUAGUUAUAUGGUUGUUCGUAGUACCCUGGCAACGAAGAAUCAUUAAAAAAAAGGAAAUCGAAGAUAAGAAAGCUACAGUUAAUUUUAAUAUAGGAGAAAGUUCGGAUACUUCGCCCGAAGGAAGUCCGAAUCGUAAACCGAAUCGCAAUUCCGCCUGCUUUGAUCGUCAAUUAACCGUCAUAUCCGAAAAUACAGAACUACAAGCUCUCGAUCAAAACCGCAUAACGGCGGCUAAAUAUAUAUUUCCAGUUCAAACCAGCGAUAAGUCGGUUUUUACUGCAGGCACGAAAGAUACUGACGUUCACAAAUAUGUUAGACCCACUGAACUUAAACUAGUAGAGAGUACGACAAGUGUCAAUCCCGCUUUAUCUCCAAGCUCAAGCGGCGUUCCGUUGAUUAUAAAUAGGAAUUCCGCUGGUCACUGUGAUCAAGCGAUACCAGUUCGUGAUAUUGAAAAAAAUGGCGAUUUAUUUGUUGAAAAUAAAAGUGUAUCGAAAUUGUUUAGUUUUUUACAAGCCCUGACAGCUACGUUCGGUAGUUUUGCGCACGGGGGUAACGAUGUAAGUAACGCUAUCGGACCGUUAAUAACUCUAUGGUUAAUCUAUUCAGAAGGCAGUGUUCAACAAAAAGCAGAAACUCCCUUAUUCAUACUUUUGUAUGGUGGUUUUGGUAUUUCUGUAGGUCUUUGGUUGUGGGGAAGGAGGGUUAUUGAAACAAUAGGAGAGGAUUUGACUACAAUCACACCGUCAACUGGAUUUACCAUAGAAGUCGGUUCGGCGUUCACAGUAUUGUUAGCUAGUAAGAUCGGCAUACCUAUUUCUACUACGCAUUGCAAAGUUGGGUCUGUUGUUUUUGUCGGAUAUUUUAGUUCGUCGAAAAGGGGAGUUGAUUGGAGUCUAUUUAGAAAUAUAAUUUCUGCAUGGGUGGUAACGGUUCCGGUAGCAGCUCUUCUUUCAGCCGGCACUAUGUUGUUAUUAAGUUAUAUAGUUUUAUCAAAAGUUCAGUAAAAUUGUUGUUAUCG